ACUGCUCUUCAGCACCAGGGUUCUGGACAGCGCCCCGGAGCAGGCUGUUGUCACCGGCCUCUUCCUCCUUCUUCUCUGCCAAGGCUGCCCCUCUGGUCCCCCCUGCUGCUGAGAAAGAAAAUUACACCGGGAUCCAUGCAGCCGGCAAUGAUGAUGUUUUCCAGUAAAUACUGGGCCAGGAGAGGGUUGUCCCUGGAUUCAGCAGUGCCCGAAGAGCAUCAGCUAGUUGGCAGCUUAACACUAAAUAAAGCCGUUGCAGGCAAAAAUGAGGACAAGAAGGGAGGCCAGGAAAACCGCAGCAGCGGCUGUGGUGAGACGGACAGCGGUAAGACGGCAGUUGUCUUCUCCCUGAAGAAUGAAGUCGGUGGGCUGGUGAGGGCCCUGAGGCUCUUUCAGGAAAAACAUGUCAACAUGGUUCACAUCGAAUCCAGGAGAUCCCGGCGAAGAAGUUCUGAAGUUGAGAUCUUCGUGGACUGCGAGUGUGGCAAAACGGAGUUCAAUGAGCUCAUCCAAUUGCUGAAGUUUCAGACCAGCAUCGUGACACUGAAUCCGCCCGAGAACAUAUGGACAGAAGAAGAAGAACUGGAGGAUGUGCUGUGGUUCCCUCGGAAGAUCUCUGAGUUAGACAGGUGCUCUCACAGAGUUCUCAUGUAUGGCACUGAGCUCGAUGCUGACCACCCAGGAUUUAAGGACAAUGUCUAUCGACAGAGGAGGAAGUACUUUGUGGAUGUGGCCAUGGGAUAUAAAUAUGGCCAGCCCAUUCCCAGGGUGGAGUACACAGAAGAAGAAACUAAAACUUGGGGCAUUGUGUUCCGAGAGCUCUGCAAACUCUACCCUACCCAUGCUUGCCGGGAGUACCUGAAAAACCUCCCCCUGCUGACCAAGUACUGUGGUUAUCGGGAAGACAACGUGCCUCAGCUGGAAGAUGUCUCCAUGUUCCUGAAAGAGCGGUCUGGCUUCACAGUGAGACCAGUGGCUGGCUACCUGAGCCCAAGAGACUUCCUGGCUGGCCUGGCUUAUAGAGUAUUCCACUGUACUCAGUAUGUGAGACAUGGCUCUGAUCCCCUCUACACCCCAGAACCAGACACAUGCCAUGAACUCUUGGGACAUGUUCCACUGCUAGCAGAUCCUAAAUUUGCUCAAUUUUCACAAGAAAUAGGCUUAGCGUCUCUGGGAGCCUCGGAUGAUGAUGUUCAGAAACUAGCUACGUGUUAUUUCUUCACAAUCGAGUUUGGCCUUUGCAAGCAAGAAGGUCAACUGCGAGCAUAUGGAGCAGGGCUCCUUUCCUCGAUUGGAGAAUUGAAGCAUGCUCUUUCUGACAAGGCGUGCAUAAAAGCCUUUGACCCAAAGACAACCUGCUUGCAGGAGUGCCUAAUCACCACCUUCCAGGAUGCCUAUUUUGUUUCAGAAAGUUUUGAAGAAGCCAAAGAAAAGAUGAGGGACUUUGCCAAAUCAAUUACCCGACCCUUCUCAGUGUACUUCAACCCCUACACACAGAGCAUUGAGAUUCUGAAAGACACCAGAAGUAUUGAAAAUGUGGUGCAGGACUUACGCAGUGAUCUGAACACCGUGUGUGAUGCCCUGAAUAAAAUGAACCAGUAUCUGGGGAUUUGAUACCUAGAGGCCAGUGGUGUCCGCAUGGAG